UUUUGAGAAUACUCCGGGUGCCACACGCACAAAUUUUCACUGCCGCAUUUUUCACUCAAAUCAAGUGAAAACAGGAGUGAUUUGUGAAUUAGUACGUGCAAAAUGUCUCUGAAAUUGGUUUGCAACAAGAAUAAUCCGCCCAUUGGCGCCCUUGCUGCCGGAGAGUACGCGAAGAAUGUGCAGAAGAUCGAGGUGGAGUGGAAGUCGGACUCUCAGGAUGGUGGAAAUGCUGGAAAGAAUGAGUUGCUGAGGAAAGUGGCUCGAAGCUCCCCAGCCGUGGGUCUCUAUGAUGAGAAUGACCCGCUCACGGCAACCCAGAUUGAUCACUGGCUGUCCUUCAGCUUGACUUUUGGCAUGAAUCCAUCCGUGAAGAUGGAUUAUCUGAACAAAUGCCUGGCUCCUCUCACGUACCUGGUCAGCAAUCGCCUGACAAUUGCAGAUUUGGCGGUGUUCAACGCCAUUUACGAUCAGCAGGACAGAGUGAAGGCGACCGGCAUGCCUCAGAACGUCCAGCGAUGGUAUGACUUGAUACACUCUCAGGAGUGUGUUCAGUCUGUUGUGGCGACACUGCCCCAGAAGGAGAGCAGUACUGCUGUGAGUCAGGAGAAGUUUGGCGACCGCAAACAGGAGGGAAGGUUUGUUGAGCUGCCAGGAGCUGAGAUGGGAAAGGUGGUAGUGCGAUUCCCGCCGGAAGCUUCAGGAUAUCUGCACAUUGGCCACGCCAAGGCGGCACUGCUCAAUCAGUACUAUCAGGAGGCGUUCCAGGGGAAGCUCAUAAUGCGAUUUGAUGACACGAAUCCCGCCAAGGAGAACGUUCACUUCGAGCAGGUCAUCUUGGAAGAUCUGAAGAUGCUGCAAAUCAAGCCCGACAUGUUCACUCACACCUCGCAAUACUUUGAUCUGAUGCUGGAAUACUGUGAGAAACUGCUGAAGGAUGAGAAAGCUUAUGUGGAUGACACUGAUCCUGAACAGAUGAAGAAGGAGCGCGAGCAGAGGACAAAGUCGGCGAACUGGAGCAAUUCAGUGGAGAAGAACUUGUCGCUGUGGCAAGAGAUGAUCAAUGGAAGUGCUCUUGGGCAGAAGUGUUGCGUUCGGGCGAAGAUUGACAUGAACUCUCCGAAUGGGUGCUUGCGAGAUCCCACAAUAUACCGCUGCAAGAAUGAACCACAUCCUCGAACAGGGACUCAAUACAAAGUCUACCCGACGUAUGACUUUGCCUGCCCAAUCGUCGAUGCCAUCGAAGGUGUUACUCACACACUCAGGACAACGGAGUAUCAUGACCGUGACGAUCAGUUCUACUGGUUUAUUGAGGCUCUUGGGCUGCGCCGGCCGGUCAUCUGGGAGUAUAGUAGGCUAAACAUGACCAGCACAGUGCUGUCUAAGCGCAAAUUGACGUGGUUCGUGGACGAGGGAAUCGUAGAUGGAUGGGAUGAUCCUCGAUUCCCAACUGUGAGAGGCAUUCUUCGCCGAGGAAUGACCGUUGAGGGUCUCAAGCAAUUCAUCAUCGCCCAGGGUUCGAGUAAAUCCGUUGUGUUCAUGGAGUGGGACAAGAUCUGGGCGUUCAACAAGAAGGUCAUCGAGCCCAUUGCUCCGCGGUACACAGCUCUGGAGAAGGGCAAAUCCGUGGUGGUGAAUGUUGAGGGUGCUAAGAAGGAUGUAGUGGAAGUGCCAGCACAUCCCAAGAAUGAAAGUGUGGGAAUGAAGAAGGUGGACUUGGGUCCAAAGAUUCUCAUUGACUAUGACGAUGCUGAGACCCUGAAAGAGGGUGAAAAUGCCACGUUCAUCAACUGGGGAAAUCUCCUCAUCAACAAGAUCAACAGGACAAAUGGGAAGGUGACAUCAAUCGAUGCGACUCUCAAUUUGGACAAUAAGGACUAUAAGAAGACCAUCAAGUUGACGUGGUUGGCGCAACUCCCAGACUCUGACUAUCCGCCAACGUUUUGUGUCUUCUUUGAGCAUAUCAUCAGCAAGCCGAAUCUGGGCAAAGAUGAGGACUUCAAGACGUACGUGAAUAGAAAGACACGAACGGAGAUGGAGAUGCUUGGCGAUCCGGAGCUGAAGAAGCUGAAGAAGGGUGAUAUUAUACAGCUGCAGAGGAGAGGAUUCUUCCGUGUCGACGUGGCGUAUCAGCCCAAGAGUGAGUACACGAAUGUGGAGACGCCGGUGAUUCUCUUUGCCAUUCCCGAUGGUCACACGAAGGAGAUGCCAACAAGUGGUGUGUCCAAGAAGCCAGAAGAGUCAUCGAAGAAGCAGACUGCGAGCGUCGACAAUGUCAAAGUGGAUGCUUCUGAGCUCAAUGGUAAGAUCACUGAGCAGGGCAACAAAGUGCGCGAACUGAAGGCGUCGAAGGCACCAAAAGCGGACAUCGAUGCGGCAGUGACACUCUUACUGGAUCUCAAGAAACAGUACAAGAGUGCAACUGGACAGGAGUGGAAGCCUGGUAGUGCUCCUGUGGCUCCUCAGCAAUCUUCAGGCGGUGCUUCAGGAGCUGAGUUGAAUGAGAAGAUUAUCCAGCAAGGCGACAGUGUGAGAAAUCUGAAAGCCAAUAAGGCUAGUAAGGCAGAUGUUGAGGCUGCAGUGAAGAUUCUGCUGGAUCUCAAGACACAAUACAAGAGUGCGACUGGUCAGGAGUGGAAACCGGGUUGUGUGCCACCAGCAACAACAUCCAGUGCUACUCCAUCGGGAAGUGAUCUCAAUGAGAAGAUUGUCUCGCAGGGAAAUAUUGUGAGGAAUCUGAAAAGUCAGAAGGCUCCGAAGGCCGAAGUGGAAGAAGCUGUUAAGCUUUUGCUGAGUCUGAAAGCUGAUUACAAGACAGCAACUGGAAGUGAGUGGAAGCCUCAGACAACUCAAACGGCGGAGAAAGUUGUGACGGAGGCUCCAAAGAGUGAGAAGAAGAUGUUGAAUCCCAGUGAGAUUAACCAGGAGAUCGUUAAGCAGGGUGAUCUGGUGAGGAAGCUGAAGGGUGACAAAGCCAGCAAGGCUCAGAUUGAGGCUGAAGUGAAGACUCUAUUGUCACUGAAGGCGGAUUACAAGAGUGCCACGGGUCAGGAGUGGAAGCCAGGCUGUGUGGCUCCUGAGACACCUGCGCAGGAGAAGAGCGACUCAGGAGACAGCGCCAAGGAUGAAUUGACUGCCAAAAUAACUGCUCAAGGAGAUGUUGUGAGGAAUCUUAAGUCUUCAAAGGCAGCGAAAAAUGAGAUUGACGAUGCCGUGAAGACUCUUCUUGACCUCAAAGCGGAGUACAAGAAAGUCACUGGGACGGACUUUCCAACAGCACAGCGCGGUGGAGCAGGAGGAGGAGGAGGUGGAGGAAGAGCUGGUACUCCGGACAAGAAAAAGCCUCAGGAGAAGCCUCAAGAGAAGCCUAAGAAGCAGUCAAAGGAGUCAACUCCUACGCCUGAAGACUCAUCGUCGGGCAUGAAGAAAGUCACUCGUUUGGGUCUGGAGGCGAAGAAGGAGGAAAAUCUAGCAGAUUGGUAUUCUCAGGUGAUCACGAAGGGUGAAUUGAUUGAGUACUAUGAUGUGUCUGGAUGCUACAUCCUCAGGCACUGGUCAUUUGCCGUGUGGAAGGUCAUAAAGACGUGGUUUGACGCGGAAAUCACGAAAAUGGGAGUGAAGGAGUGCUACUUUCCCAUCUUCGUGUCACGCUCUGUGUUGGAGAAGGAGAAGACACACAUUGCGGACUUUGCCCCCGAGGUGGCUUGGGUCACGAAGUCAGGAGACUCGGAUUUGGCAGAGCCCAUUGCCGUUCGUCCCACAUCGGAGACGGUGAUGUAUCCGGCGUACGCCAAGUGGAUUCAAUCUCAUCGGGAUUUGCCGUUGCGACUCAAUCAGUGGAAUAAUGUGGUGAGAUGGGAGUUUAAGCAUCCGCAGCCCUUCCUGCGCACCCGUGAAUUCCUGUGGCAAGAGGGACACACGGCAUUUAUGCUGGCCGAGGAGGCGCACGCUGAAGUUUACCAGAUUCUCGAUUUGUACGCUCAAGUGUACACAGAUUUGCUGGCAAUCCCUGUGGUGAAGGGCAGGAAGACGGAGAAGGAAAAGUUUGCCGGUGGAGACUUCACGACCACCGUUGAGGCUUUCAUCUCGGCCAGUGGCAGAGCCAUUCAGGGCGCCACGAGUCAUCAUCUGGGUCAGAACUUCUCCAAGAUGUUUGACAUUGUCUAUGAGGAUCCUGAGACGAAGGAGAAGCGAUUUGUCUACCAGAACUCAUGGGGAAUCACCACGAGGACGAUUGGAGUGAUGAUUAUGGUGCACGCGGACAACCAGGGAUUGGUUCUUCCUCCUCGAGUUGCCUGCAUUCAGGUCAUUAUCGUGCCGUGCGGCGUGACGGCCAGCAUGAAGGAGCAGGAGAGGAAUCAACUGCUAGACAGCUGUAAAGUCAUGGAGGAGGAGCUGAAGAAUGCCGGCGUGAGAGUUGAGGGUGACUACCGUGACAACUACUCGCCAGGAUGGAAGUUCAACCACUGGGAGUUGAAGGGAGUGCCGAUAAGGCUUGAGUUGGGUCCCAAGGAUUUCAAGAUGAAACAAGUGGUGUUCGUGCGCCGAGACACUGGCCAGAAGAUCCAAGCGAACAGAGCCAAUCUGGUCAACAAUGUCAAGACAUUACUAGAGACGAUUCACGAGUCGAUGCUUGCCAAGGCGACUAAGGAUCUCAAUGAUCACAAGAAGCUGACGAGAGAUUGGGCGGAGUUUGUCAAGCUGCUGGACGCCAAGAACAUCAUCCUCUCACCGUUCUGUGGCAUUACUGAGUGCGAGGAUAAAAUCAAGGCGGACAGUCAGAGGGAGAACGCUGAAUUUGUUGAACCCGGUGCCCCGUCCAUGGGUGCCAAGACGCUUUGCAUCCCAUUUGAGCAGCCCGAGAAGCUGAAUGACUCGGACAAGUGCAUUCAUCCCGAGUGCACAAGAAAGCCAGUGGCUUUCACGCUCUUCGGCAGAAGCUACUAAAUUCUGAUUUCUCGAUGUCACUAGACUCUGAGGCUACGAAAUAAAGCCGAGUGAAUUAAA